AUGAAGAUAUUUGCCUGUUCCACACUUGCUCUGUUAAUGACAUUGGUCACUUCUAGCCUGGAAUACGAGUGUGAUAAGUCAGCCACAUUAUGCGAGACGACACUGGUGAUUAGGCACAGACUGACCAUGAUGCACCCGACUGAACAGCAAGUAUAUCCAGCCAAUGGUAAACUCUACAAGUAUGACGACUCGACGCAAUCUAUCGAGAUCCCAGUGGAUGAGGUUAUGACUGCGGAUGGUUGGGAGGACAACAGACUAGUUGUUGUGGCUAACGAAAGCCUCCCUGGUCCACCAAUUAUAGUUUACGAGGGGCAGAGACUUAAAGUUCACGUCAUCAACAAAAUGGCUUCUGAUACUGUGACAAUACACUGGCAUGGUAUCCCACAAAAGCGGAGUCCGUGGAUGGACGGCGUCCCAUUCGUGACACAAUGCCCAAUUCUUUCUGGGCAGACGUUCACUUAUGAUUUUAUUGCAGAACCCAAAGGAACCUAUUGGUAUCAUUCUCAUGUUGGUGAUCAGCGAGCCAAAGGAAUGAACGGUGCGUUCAUCAUCAGAGAACAUACAUCAACGAUCAGGGAACAGAUCAUGACGGUGCAAGACUGGAAUCACAACUGGGGAGCCGACAUGGAUCAUCAGAAGUUGUUGCUUGGAACAUUCGUGAAUCGUGUCCCUGAACCAUUGAGGAAUUCUGUAGACGGGGGUCUUUUCGACCCAUUUUAUGUCACUUCCGUUCUCAUCAAUGGCAGAAGCCGUUAUUACGACCAGAAUGGUCAACAUAACGGGGCUCCUUUAUCUGUGUUUUCUGUGGAAAAGGACAUGAUCUACAGAUUUAGAGUUAUCCAUGUUGGAGCGCUAUAUCCCAUAAGAAUAUCUAUCGACAAUCAUCCAUUGACCCUUGUCGCUUCUGACGGAUACGAUUUCCAACCGGUCGUGGCGGAAUCUUUCAUUAUUAAUCCGGGUGAAAGAUAUGACUUCAAUAUCAAUACCGAUCAAGUUACUGGAAACUACUGGGUACGGGCUGAAACCUUAGAGGUAAACGCACACAAAUCAGAGGCUGUGUUGCGCUACAAUGGCGCGGAUGCGACUCGAUAUCCUUCUACGGUGAGAAAAACAUGUACCCCAGUUGACCGGUGUUUAGUUGUCAAUUGUCCUUUUACAACCUACCCUGAAGACUUUAACACGGAUUGUUUACGAUUUGAUCAUCUGAGGUCGGCAGUUAACGACGAUCCUGCUCCCGAACCGACGUCAAUUGAUGUGUUUAAAGAACAUUUUUUGAACUUUGGUCUUCCUGAGGAAGUAGCAUCAGUAAACGGAAGAGAAUUUAAGGUUCCAACAGUGUCUGCUCUAACACAGCCAUUAGAGAUAACGACGACAUGUGAUAACGAGGAUUGUGGUGAGGAGAAAACAUGUUCAUGUACAUAUUCACUAAGUACCAACCACAACGAUGUAGUACAACUUGUGCUGAUGAAUAUGGGAACAGGAACAGGUGAUGCACAUCCGGUUCAUCUCCAUGGUCACUCUUUCUACGUACUAAAAAUGGGUUAUGCAACAUACAAUAUGACUACAUCAGAGUACAUCUCUCAAAACACAGACAUUGAUUGUCGUGGAAGUGGAGAUAUGACAACAAGUUUCUGUAACGACGCUACUUGGAGAAAUCCAAGCUGGCUUGGAAAUAACGUUCCUGGAUUAACUUUGAUCAAUCCUCCGCGUAAAGAUACACUAAUAAUACCCAGCGGUGGAUAUGCUGUUAUAAGAAUCAAGGCCGAUAACCCAGGUGUAUGGAUGUUUCAUUGUCACAUCCAAGUGCAUGGAGUUUGGGGGAUGAGAAUGCUUCUGAACAGUUCUUACAACAUGCAUCCUGCGCCACCAAACGCAUUUCCGGUAUGUCAUGACUAUCCUUCCUCUUUCCGUGAACGGUAUCAGGACCAACAUAGGUUUACACCGACCCGCUUUGAUAAAGAAGGCGGUGGGUACGGGAUGAAGACAUUCUGGGUUACGUUCUCAGUAAUGGCCGUCAUUAUUCUACUGUUGAUUGCCUAUAACCUUCACGUGCGAAAACAAGCCAAACACUACAAACAAAAGUUGGAAGCUUCUACACAACCAACGAAAAACGGAAAGGAAAAUCAAGUCUUUUCAAAAAUAUAA